UGCCAUAUUCUGAUAAUGUUUAAAAUAUAUUUUUUUUUAUUUCAGACCUCAGGUUCAGAGCCGGUACCCUCAGAACCAGUUGCUCAUGUAUUUAAAACAAGGAAGAAGUAUUGCUGUAAUUGUGGGAGAAAAGGUCAUUACGGUUUUGAGUGUACAUCUGCCAGACAUUCAUACCUUAUUCAAGGACAGUCAGUCAUCAGUUACAGCACACCUGUCUUGGAAGUUAAUGGACAACUUGUUGUUAAUUUAGAAGGUGCACUAGUCAAUGGAAAUGUGACAAAGGUGGAGGUAGGAAAAGCUGAUGUCCAGAAAAUUAGUGGCAGAAGAGAUUCGAUGAUGAACAAAAUUUCAAGAGUAACUGGAGCUAACUUGUGGGCUUACGAAGAUAACGGCAGGAGUUACAUCCAGGUAAUUGGUGACUCAGGAGCACAGACUUCAUCAUAUUCUGCUCUUGAAACCAUAUUGGGUUAUAAUCUUUGGAACCCUCAAUUAUCACCUUUUAUGAAAACUAUGUCAAGAAAUAGAAAUAAGGAAAUUAUUAUCAGUAUAGUGAGAAAAAAGAUAAGCUUUUAUAAUGGGCUACGUAGAAGGUUACCAGAGCUCCCAGAGGCUGUCAGAGUUUUGAGGAAAGGACUAUUAAUGAAUGGGUCAGCAAGUUCUACAUCCAGGUUCUCUCAGAGGUUGAAAGAAGCCCUACAGUUGGCUUCAUUGAUUGUUAUUGGGCAUUUGAAAUGGGGCGAAGGACAAAAAAUCUUUCAACAUGUAACUCAGGUGCUGGGCCAGAUCAAGAAACUAAGAGUGAGGGAAAAGGUCCCUUUACCAAUUAUAGAAGAUAUUGCACGCAAGCUUCAGAAGAUAGAUAGCCCACAUAUAGGGCAGCUUGAAGUCAUUUUGAAAUUGGCAGAAAAAUACUUGAAGAAAACAUGUGAAAAAGUAUCAUAUGCAAGUAAAAUUCAGAGGCCAAUAAAUAAUGUUGUAGAUGAUGAUGUAAUAGUUUUGUGUGAAAAUGGCAGUGUUGAAAACAGCAAAGUUAAUAUUGAAGAUCAAAGAGAAAAACUAAUUAAUGAAUGUGAAAGCUCUAGUAAUUCAGGGGGGGUAUUUGGAAAUGAGAAAUCAGUGAUCUUAAGCAGGAGAAUAGAACAAACUGAAGAUGUUGAACUAGUUCAUGAAACGGGAAAUGAGAAACUGAUGAGAAGUUCUGCAAGGAACAGUUUAACAGAAGCAGGUGUCAUUGGGGCCUCUACCAGUGGCUUGGUAGAUUUGCCAUCAUUAGGUGAUGAAUGCCAAGAAAUGAGUAAUUGCGUUCAAAUGAAAAGAAGUGGUAGAAAUAAGAGAGUUUUAGGAGACGAAACAGAAAAGCUAACAUUGGACAUUGGUACUGGCAGUUUAAAAGAUGAAAAUAGUACUGCUCUUGAAGGUGUCCCAUAUUUUGAUCAUAAGAGACCUAAGAGCUCUGAUUGUGGAGGAAUUGAUUCUUUGGGGUUCAGUUUAUCUAGUGCAUUGCAUGCUCUCUCAGAAAUUAAAAGCAGAGAAAGUGUGCUAGAAAUUCUUCAGAGAACAGUGGUGUACUGUGACAGUAUGCAGAGUAAGUUACCAGAGUUGCAUGAUGCAGUAAGUGUCCUUAAAGAGAGACAGAAAUUCAAUUCCAUGACCAAAUCAUCCCCAAGAGGAUUCCAGAAGAAAUUGAAGGCAGCCCUUAAGUUAGCAUCCCUUCUAAUGCUUGGUCAUCCAAAAGAUGGAGAAGUUUACCAUAAAAUUUCUGAGUUAUUGUCACAGGUUUGGCUGCUAAAUUCUGAAGCACACGUUCCUGAGUUCAUCAUUAAGGCGAUUAAGAAUUCUCUAAAGAAAAUCAGCAACCCUUCCGUAAAAAAACUGGAUUAUAUAGUUUCUUUAGCAGAUAGGUAUAUUACAUCAAAAAGUUAUCUAGGAGGAGUAAAUACUAGAAUGCAAGAGAGAGCUGACCAGGGCCAUGUAGGUAGCAGUAGCAUCACGAAAACCCUGGAUGGUGAAAAAGAUGACAAAAUAACCUUUGAUAUUGUUGUGGAUGAUGCUAGAUUAAUGAUUGAGAAACAGUUACUCAUGUCAACUAAGAAGAGACUGAAAUGUUCAUCUGAAAAGGGGACGAAUGUUAAUACAGUUUUAGAGGAGUCAUUCGAUUUAGGUAGUAUGAAAAAGCUGCUUCCAGUGAAAAAAAAGGUUAAUAGUGGAAAGCAAAAAUAUAUAAGAAAAUUAAAUCCAAAAGAGGGAACAGUUUUGGAGAAAGAUUUUCCUGAUUGUGUUGAAAAAAUAUUAUCAUCAAGUAAAGGCAAGCAAAAUAAAGCCAAAAAUACCACAAAUCAAACUCCUUUUACAAGUCAGAGGUUUACAGGUCCGAGACAAAGCUGCAAGGUACAAAUGUUAUCCACUUCUGCAAAUAGCUUAAAGCCUAAACAUAAAACAGUAAAGAAUUUCAACAUAACAAGAAAACGCGAAACUAGUAAAGAAAUGGAAGGCAAUUCAGUGAAAGGUGUCCUUGGAAAGCAAUUCAACAAGAAAUUAAAGGUGGGAGAAACUGAUGUAGAUAGUUCUGGGUUGAAGUAUCCAAAAGCUAAAAAGAAGAGAAAAGUUAUAUCUUGUAAACUAAAACCAAAGUCUGCUUUAUUUUAACAGUAUCACUCUCAGAGGAGGUAAAGAUAUGGGAGUUGGAGAAGGUCAAUUCAGUAAAGGCACCAGCGUUGAGUUUACACUUUAUGAAGUUUCAAGAUCACUUGGGAAAUGAGUCAGUUGAUGCAUUGUAUGAUGUCAAAUUAUUCAUAGCUCAAGCAUAAGAAAAGUAAUUUUCUAGUUAAUUGAAAAUGACCCUCUAAGGAGAAUCAAUAGUUCAGUGGAGAACUACAUUAAAACUAAGUAGGAAUAUUAGCUAGAUAUUAUCAUUGUAAAAAAAAUAUUAAUGUAAUUGUAGGUAUAGGUACCCAUGACCAAGAGAAAAAAAUUACAAGGAAAAACUGCAGUACUUAUAUGGGAAAAGUAGGCACUGAUAUGUAGAGAUUUAUAUUAGGCCUGAAAAGGAAAUCAGUAGAAGUCCUAGAAAAAGGAGAUGUAGCAAAGUGGAAAAGGUGUGAAGAUCUAUAACUAAAACACCAAAAACUAAAACACCAAAAGGAUCAGAAAAGAAUUUUCAAUGAACAGGAGGAAAGUUCAGCAUCAGUGUUAACUAUUGAGAGCACUGUACAACCGAGUAACUUUGUUAGACUUGUAGAGGUUACCUAAAAUAUCUGUUUUCACAUGGCAGUACAGGCACCACCCUUCUCACAAAAGAAUUAUGUUCUCAGUGGCCAUUUGUAAGUUGGUUACUGUACUCUUCAUGCCUAUUCAAGUACAGUGUGUUAUAAAAUCAAUGAAGUACUGUAAGUUUUUCCACCCAAAAACAGUACUGUAUGUACAGAAUAGGCACACAAAACAAAAUUUGAACUUAAGGGGAGCUCAGAACACAGUUUUAAUUUGCGAUCCCAUUUGUUUGUAUCUGUAUGUUUGUAAGUAGGGUGGUCUGUAAUAUGCUGCUGCAAAGGUCAUUUUUUUUUUUAUCAGUCAGUUGCUGCCGGUAAAGUGCCACAUAGAAAUGUGUUGAAUGUGCAUGUACUACUGUAUUUAUAAAUGAAAUAUGUCAAGUGGAUUUAUCAGGUCAGCAGAAAACAGCUGGUAUUCAUUAUUAAUUUAAGUUGCCCUAAAUAUACAGUAAAAAAUUGAUGUAGUAGAAUUGUCAAGAAGAUUUGAUGUAUAUUUGCCAGUAAUGCCUAUGCUCUUCUGAUCCCAAGUUCUCAAAUCUCACAUUGGCUUCAACUAUUUUUUUCUUCCAACAUGUUAUAGUUUAACCAGAUCACUACUUCAGGCAUUCUUGGAAUUUGCACAAAGAUGAAUUCACUGUUGUGAGGAGAAAGGAAAUAGCAAUGUGAACACUAUUUUUAUCUAUAAACUUGUUUUUUGAUUGAUGUUUUUAAUUGUUAUGAACAUAAUAUACUGACUUGUUUGAGAGAAGUGGAAUUUUUUCCCCUAUGGCAAAUUAGUAUAGAACUGUCAGUCAUUUCCUGGAGUCACGACGGGUAUUUUUUUUUUUUAAUGUGUCUGUCAAGUCAUCAUCUGUAUCUGUUCCAGUAAUUGCACUUCAGAUAUGUUUUCAUAUGAAAAAAUUUUAAGAUUUAAAUUUAAUCAGUCGUAUAUCAUUAUUAUUAUUAUUAUUAUAUUGUAGUUUAACCAAACACCAAGGCACAUUUCUAGACUCAAAGCUUUAUCUGAAAGAUGAAUUAAAAGAUUUACUCUUACACGUAGCACUCACGAAGAGUAGAACAACCAUACGUUUAAUACCCACAUAGAGCAGAUUAACUGAGUGCUGAAUAUAUGCUGAAUGUGAGUGAAACAUUGUUGAUAUGAUAGGCAAGACCUACAUUUCUAAAGGGACCCUGGCACUGAGUAGCCUUCAUGACCUCAGUGAAUGACCUUUGGACUUAAACUGAGCCUCCAUCUUCACUGUCCAUGACCCAGGCAGUUAAAAUUGUCAAAUACCACCAAAUAAUUCCAUUCCAUGUAACCACUUCUUACCUGUCAAAAUCUUGUUUCUGGGCUCACUUUCUCUUGUAUUAGAUAUGUAUCAGUACUCAUCGAGGUAGAUCGAGACAUUGCAAGUAAAGUGAGUUGUUCGGUCAUUCCUCAGUUACAAAACAUGAGUUUACAUAGGAAUAGAGAUUUGAUACAGUUUCAAGUAAUUUUUUGGCUUCUUGUUUUUUUCAUCCUGUAAGUUUCUAAUCUGUAUCACUUUUAGGUCCUGUUACUUAUUUGUAUUGAAAUUUUAUGAGGUUUGACUUAUCAGAUAAUGACAUCACAAAAAUUUUGAAAUUUGUGAGUUAUGUUGCAUUUUUAUAGAUUUUGUAAUCCAAACAUUUGAUUAAUCCCCACCUCUUCAGGUUUUUCAUCUCAUUUUAAAAUAUCUAACAUUGUCUUAUAGUGUGUGCUUCCCCAAACUUUUUAUAUUUGAAUAGGAAAUGAGAAUUUUGUAAAUGCAAAGUUAAUUUUUCUACAACAGAAGUUUGAACAUUGCCUGUAGAUCCCACUCCUUUUAUAUUUUACAUUUACGUAUAUUGAAAGCUGUAAAUGUUAUUAACACUUCAGUACAGUUAAAAGUAAUGAAAAAUGUAUUUUGAAAAAAAUCAAUUAUGAAGGUUUGAGGAACCUUUGCAAAGACUAACCUUGCUUAUUGGAGGUCGUAUUCACAUAUACAUUUUCCCACCAAAAGCAGAGUAUUCAGUGCACAAAAUCUCCAUCAUUAAAUGUCUUUUCAACACUUCAAGAACCAAAUUCUGUAGUUGAAAAAAAAAUAUGAUUACUGUAUCUGUACUUAUCUUCUCCUCCAGUUUCAGACUUUUCUAAUCACCUAGGAAUAUCUUUUUAGGCACAUUUUCAUGGUUUUAAUUGGAGUGCCCCUUCAACUUUCUUUACAUUUUUUUAAUUCCUCCUAAUUGAUUUUUAACUGAUAUGACCUUCAAUUGGGCCUCACAAAAGUGCAUGUUUUUAUUGUAUGUCUGAAUUGCCACCAAUUUCAUUCACAUUGUGCUUAUCAGUUAGUUUUAUGUGCCUCCACUUUACAUUCCAAGCAUAUUUAUUUUAAGGAUGGAAGAUUUGUCAUCAGCAAAUGUGUUUUUUCUUUUUCCUUUUUCAUCAUCUGAAAUUUAAUUGUCAAAGUCUGGACAGUCUUGCUAUUUAGUACUCAGUUUGUCUGCAGUAACCAAGGGUCAGAGCAUAUGUCCAUGUAGAGUAUAUCAGGUUUUUAAACUAAUGCCUAAAUUUUGUAUUUGUAACGUUUGCCAGAGACAGGGAAGACCCUACUUUCAUUAUUGGAAAUAACACUGGAAAAUAGAGAAAAUACAAUGUCACAAUACAACUUGCAUAGAAAACAGUGCUGAAGUACUGGCAGUGUGACAAACUGAGUUAAAAACCUGUAAAUUAUGAACUUAAUGUAACACAAAAUUGAUGGAAAAAAAGAUUAAGAAAAGAAUUAUGAAGUAGAAUAAUGAUUGCCAAGGCCAUUUUUAUAAGUCCUGAUCUAUAAUUAAAUGCAAAUACAAUUUUUUAACUCAAAAUUUAUUUAAGUACAAACCUAAUAAUUUUAAAUAGCCUAUCUGUGUGCCAGUACAAUUCUGAGACUUGCCAAGAUGCAGAACACUUCAUCUGGCCAGGAAACAACUGAGACUCCAAUACUCUGGUAGUCUAUCAGUAGAACUCAUUGGUCCAAGAUCUGGCUGUCACAGCCUCUAGAAAUGAGAGAGGAACCCCCAAAAGUUCUGUUACCAGUAUCAGAGAAAGAAUCUUAUGGACUUGCUCUGUGUUAGGUGCUUCUUGUUAAGCUGCUUCCCCAGUGACUUCAGUGGAAAAAUCCGUCAAGCAAACAAUUGCAAGACCUUUUGAAAAGUUGUUUCUGGGUUGAUAUGACAGAUAAUGAAAGUAUGAGAAAGACGGUUGUUGCUUUCCGAUAGGUUGGAGGUCUUCUUCUUUCCCACCGUUAUCCCUACAUUAAGGGGUCAGUUGCCUGAUGUUCCUUCUCCACUGCCUUCUUUCAAAGGCAUCAUCCUCCACCAAACCUCUUUUCUCAAUAUUGUCCUUCACUUUAUCUCACCAUCUAAUUCUCUGUCUCCCUCUCAAUCUUCUUCCUGUAACAGGUUCCUCCCAUGCUUUCUUCACUGCCUCCACGUCAUCCAUCCUCUACAUAUGUACAUACCAUCUAAAUCGGGACUCUCUUAUCACUUCUGUGAUCUUUACUUGUUCUUAGUCUUUCAUUCAACUGCUCUGCCACCUUUCAAAUAGCCAUACUUACCCUCCUCCUUGCAUCUCUUUCCUCUUCUCUGUACUGUUCCUCAGCACCCUGUGCAUGCCUUACUUUCCAGUCCUUAAAUGAUUUUGAUUUUCUUUUAAUUUACUCUUGCACCUCUCCAUUCCAAAUGUUAAGACCGAAGGUUUGUUAGUUAUGAAAAAUACAAAUUAGUUACAAAUUUGGUUUUUUUUUUUUUUUUUUGCCAUGUCAUAUUUUGAUUUGUUUUUUAUACGUAUUUCUAUUUCACUGCUGCUUGCUCUUGUAGUGUAUUGCAAUUUAAUUUUUCAAAGAUAUCAACUAUAAGUUACUACUUUCUUCUUAACCCUCUUGUGCUUACCAGGGUUCCUAUAGUGCUACCUAGUAUGCUUACUAUGCCGUGGAGGGAAAAGUUUCUUUGUAAAAAUCGAUACGUCCACACUAUACUUUGUAUAGGAUUCUGAUUUGUUUUAUGAUGUCAGCAAAUGAUUGAAUUUUUUCCUAAAGCAAUCGAAAAAUCUUUGCAAGGCUUAGAAAUAAGAAAAUGACGUGAGGAACGUGAAAUUUUUAAGGAAAAUUAUAGAUUUUUUAUUAAAAUAAUAAUAAAAAAUAUAAUAGUAAUUAGGUUUGGGGAGUUUAUUUUAUGUGUAAAUUGUAUGGAAAUGUUUGAAAUUUCAUGUGGAAGCAGUCAUUUAGCUAUUAAUGUGUUUGCUGAUUAGCAUUUACUGAUUUAAAAAAUGCUUAUUUUUUACUGAGUGCAAUUUUCAGAUUUUUUCCAACCUACUACUUAUGUUGACAUUUCGUAUUGUACCUAAGUAAGGAUUAAAGAUAGA